AAGGGGUGAUUAGUGUAUAGAGAAGAUCGAGAGAGAGUUGCAGGAUCGCAAUCAUGGGACAUCUCCUGACUCUCUUCCUCUUCUUCUCUCUUAUCUGCCUCUCUCCCAUCCUGGCCGACUCCGACUUCGAAGGCUUCGAAGACGCUGACGAUGUCGACGAAGACUUGGAGUCGUCACUCCCUCUCACCGCCCAAACAGUCCUGACCUCCCAACCCGACCCGGAUCCAACUCCUAAAGCUGGCAGCUUCGAGUAUUGGGACGAAGACGAGUUCGAAGGUCUGCCCCAGGAUCAGCCGCCAGUCGUAGCCACAGAAGAAAACGCUGAUCCGAAACCCUCGAAGACUGAAGCCGCGCCCGAGGGUUCUUCCUCCUCCAGAUCUUACACCGUGGAGAUCGCCUGCGGAGGGUUCCUCAUCGUCUUCGUCGUCAAUUACUUCACCGGAAAGCGCGUGAACGAGAACAUUGCCCUGGCCUGGGCUGCCAAAUUCGCUACCAAGGACACUAUUUUCGACAAGAACUUCAGUCUCUUAGGCGUUGGCGACGGCGACGACUCACCUCUGCUCUUGAAGGAAGGCCAGAACGUGUUCAAAUUCUACGCCAGUGGCCGCAGGUGCUGCCAGGGCCUCUUGGCCACCAUGGAGCUCAAGAGCCGCCACGAUUUGAUCUCCUCCAUUUUCAAUUUGGUGAUCCCUACUAGUAGGGACGAGAUUAGUUUCGAGGUUUAUAUGAAUGAUGAUGCCAUGGACCACGUCGUUUUUGCUGUGGCCAACAACAAGUCCGCCAAGGCAAUGCACAAGGAGCUUCCCGACUUGCACAAGUUUGCCACUAUUCUUUCCCCUCCUACUGCCAGGAAGUGGGUUGGCCAUGACUUGGCCGUUAUCUCCGAGUCCAAAGAGGUUGCUGCCGAUCUAAUCACUGAGGCUGUUCUUGAUCAGGUUUUUGGAGAGAAAGCUUUUCAGAAGUUUGGAAAGGGUUUCAUGUAUAUGCAUUUUUCAGAUCAACAUCCAGGGCCUACAAACAAGAAGAUGCUAUUGUUCAAGUUUGCACUACCUGAUGCUAAUAGCAUGGCUGAUAUGACUCGUUUGGUGGCUUUGAUACCUUACUAUAUUGAUUUGAUUGGUCGUUACAAGCUAAGCAGUCAGGCCCGAUCCAAAACAGAAGCAACCAGAUCAAAGGCUGCUCAAGAGGCUUACAAAGAACUCCAAAACGCUAGGCAAGAAGCUUUGCAAAGAAAGAAGGCAGAGAGGAAAAAGUUGAUGGAGGAGACUGAGGCUAAGCUUAGUGCAGAGAGCAUUCGCAAGAAGGAAGCAAAGGAGCGUGCUCGUCAAAUGAAGAAGGCAAUGCCUAAAAUGAAAAUGACCCGUGCUAGCUAAUUGUUACAGUUAACUUGUUAGUGGUUCCUCUGCAUUUUUUCUUUUCUUUUCAAUAUUCCUAUGGUAUUUCAGUUGGCCCUUGCUUGGUAAGUUUUGCUUCUGAAUCUUUGCAAGUUGUAACCUAAUUGUUUGAAUUAGCUUCUCCAACAUUUUCAUAUCAAUAGUUUUGAAUAUACCAGAAUUCUGUACUGUAGGCGUAAGAGUAAGUUUCUGGGAGCCACUUGUUUUGC